UUUAUUUUCUAGGUUAGCGUCUGAGCUUCAAAAUAGUAUCAACUUUUAACUUUUAACAAAAUAAAUAUUCCUUUUGGUUGUGUUUUAAUACUUAGCAAAGUAUCAAAAGAUAAAUAACGUCUGGAAAAUAAUGAAAAUGGCAGGACUAGAGUCAAUGGUAGUAGAAGAAGUUAAACCAGUAGAAAAGCCAGUCGAUAGAGAGAAGACUUGCCCUCUUUUGCUUCGUGUAUUUUGUUCCACCGGCAGACACAACUCACCUGGAGACUAUGUGCGAGGAAAUGUACCCCAAAAUGAGCUCCAAAUAUACACAUGGAUGGAUGCAACUCUCAGAGAACUAACGGGCUUAGUGAAAGAAGUCAAUCCUGAAACCCGACGCAAGGGAACUUAUUUUGACUUUGCCAUAGUAUAUCCCGAUCAAAGAACUCCGACUUACCGAAUGAGAGAGAUUGGUGUGACUUGUUCUGGACAAAGAGGUGGGGAUGAUAACAAAACACUCUCUCAACUCAAAUUUCAGAUUGGCCAUUAUCUGGAUAUAUCCAUUACUCCACCGAACAGAAUGCCGCCACAAAUGAGAAGACAACAACCAUACAUGAAUAAUAGACCAUAUUAAUAACAGUACAGCUUGUUCUUAAAACAAUAAAAAAAUUGAUUUUAA